AUGGAUCCUCCAAAUCUCCUCUUCUUGCUUCUUCUCAUGUUUGCUUCCACCAUAAACGCCCAAUUCCCGGUGCCCCACUAUGGUUCGACCGGCAACUUCACUGCCAACAGCACCUAUCAAACCACCCUCACCACCCUCAUCUCCUCCAUCUCCACCACCAGCUCCUCGUCCCUCUCCUACGGCUUCUUCAAUGCCUCUGCUGCCAUCUCCGGCGCCUCCCAAACCCUCUAUCUCUUUGGCCUCUGCCGCAGUGACUUAGACACCAAAACCUGCCUCGCCUGCCUCGAUGUCUUGGCCUCUGACAUGCGCCGCCUCUGCCCCCUACAAAAGGAGGCACUCCUCUACAGCGGGAACUGCAUCAUUCGGUACUCGGACGCUCGCACCGGUGACGAUGUCUCGAGCGUAGACACAUACAACGCAGCAAGAAGGAAGCUCCUGAACGGUCUGUCGGCUGAGGCGGCACGUGGUGGCUCAUUGAGAAAGUACGCAUCAGGGAACGAAUCAGCGGGGCCUGACAUGAUCUAUGCGUUGGUGCAGUGCACACCAGACUUGACGGAGCAGCAAUGCAGCGACUGCUUGGCUGUAGUCACCUAUGAGAUCAGGUACUGCUGUCUCAGGUACUCAGGAGGACGGUACAUGGUGCCAAGUUGCCUGAUCCUGUACGGGACCAAUAAUCGGUUCUUCGAUCCAGUCGGUGGGCCACUUCCGCCGCCUCUGCCACCACCAUCGCAUGGGAAAGAUGCAAUGCCUCCACCACCAGUUGGAAAGAGCAAUUCGACGAGGACUGGGAUCAUUGUGGUCAUCACAAGUAUUUCUGCACUACUUGUCAUCAGCAUUGUCAUCAUGUUCCUGAAUGUGAAAAGGAAGAAGCAGCCUAGAGAAAGUGUUGAAGAGACAGGGGGAGUUGGCGAGCAAAGGUCCACACCUCAUGCUGCCAAUAGUGAAGGUCUAAGACAAUCUCCAACAGACCCAGAAGAGUUUCAGGCUUCUCAAUUGCCUGAAGAAGAACACGAUACGUCAACACCAAAUCUGCAAGACUAUACAGAAGCGCCAUCGUCUGCAUUCACUCCAUCGGAGAAAGCAAAUGCAAGUACUCAGACGGACAAUUUUGCAGAUUUUCGUCGUAUUAUGGAUGUUCUUCUGGAAAUGCGUGGCCAAAUCUAUGCUCUGGACUGUGAAGUUGUGCAUGAAAUUAGCAUGGUUGAGUCACUGCAAUUUGAUUUCAGCAUUAUCGGAGCGGCAACGGAUAACUUCUCGACUCCGGGAAGCUUGGACAAGGCGGUUUUGGUGCUGUCUACAUGGUAA